GGACUCCAGCCCAGCAUGCAUUCACGCAGCAAAGCCAUCCAGGCUCUCAAGGGCACACGGUGCUUUUCCGCCUCAACUCCCAAACCCGCCCUCUCGCCCUACCGGAAAGCCACCCAGGCUGCCGGAGUCAAAGUCAUAAAAGAAGAUGUGAAGAGAACACAGAGCACAGCAGCCGCCGCUGCCCAAGCCACCGCUACGCAGACCCCUCCCGUUCAAGAAAGAAGACCCCGGCCCGCACCCGCCUUCAAUCGUGACGACUAUGCUGCCCAGCCAUUGAGGCGCAAGCAACCUGAGAUGGACCACUCUUUCGUGGGCAUGACCGGUGGAGAGAUUGUCCACGAGAUGAUGCUGCGUCAAGGUGUCAAGCACGUCUUUGGCUACCCCGGUGGUGCUAUUCUCCCCGUCUUCGAUGCCAUCUACAAUUCGCCCCAUUUCGACUUCAUCCUCCCCCGCCAUGAACAAGGUGCUGGCCACAUGGCCGAAGGUUACGCCCGCGCCAGUGGCAAGCCUGGCGUUGUCAUUGUCACCUCCGGCCCCGGUGCCACCAACGUCGUCACACCCAUGCAGGAUGCCCUCAUGGACGGAACUCCCAUGGUUGUCUUCUGUGGUCAGGUCGUGACCAGCGCGAUUGGCUCCGACGCCUUCCAAGAAGCCGAUACCAUUGGCAUCACACGACCAUGCUCCAAGUGGAACGUCAUGGUCAAGGACAUUGCCGAAUUGCCUAGGAGGAUCAACGAGGCCUUUGAAAUUGCCAUGAGUGGACGUCCUGGCCCCGUCCUGAUUGAUCUACCAAAAGACAUCACGGGCGGUACCCUUCGUCGCCCAAUCCCCAUGGCCAGUUCGCUACCCACGCACCCUAGCGCCGCAACUGUCGCCGCAAAAGCAGUGAGCCGGAGACACCUCGAAACGUCAAUCAGGCGCUCGGCCGACUUGAUCAAUAAAGCAAAGAAGCCCAUUAUCUACGCUGGUCAGGGCAUGGUCAGCACCCCUGAGGGCCCGAAAUUGCUGAAGGAGCUCGCGGACAAAGCUCAGAUUCCUGUCACCACUACCCUUCAGGGUCUGGGUGCAUAUGAUGAGCUCGACAACAAGUCUCUUCACAUGCUCGGUAUGCACGGUUCGGCAUACGCCAACAUGGCCAUGCAAGAGGCCGAUCUCAUCAUUGCACUGGGUGCCCGUUUCGACGACCGUGUUACGCUGAAUGUCGGCAAAUUUGCCCCUGCUGCAAGAGCCGCAGCGGCCGAGGGUCGAGGUGGUAUCAUUCAUUUCGAAAUCAUGCCCAAGAACAUCAACAAGGUUGUGCAAGCUACCGAGGCUGUAGAAGGUGAUGUCAUCACCAAUCUCGGCACUCUUCUGCCGUAUGUGAACGAUGUCAAGGAGCGCCCGGAAUGGUUUUCGCAAAUCGCUGACUGGAAGAAACGCUUCCCCUGGAACUUUGAGCGCGAAGGCGCAAACGGCCUAAUUAAGCCGCAGACUGUGAUUGAAAAACUCUCCAAGCUUACGGAAAACAUCAAGGACGAGACAGUCAUUACCACCGGUGUCGGGCAACAUCAGAUGUGGGCAGCGCAGCACUACCGAUGGAGGAAUCCUCGCACCAUGAUUACAUCGGGUGGUCUUGGUACUAUGGGCUACGGUCUUCCUGCCGCGAUCGGCGCCAAGGUUGCACGUCCGAACGCCCUUGUUGUCGAUAUCGAUGGCGACUCGUCCUUCAGCAUGACUCUGACCGAACUCUCCACUGCUGCCGAAUUCAAUAUCGGAAUCAAGGUCAUCAUUCUGAACAAUGAAGAGCAGGGUAUGGUCACUCAAUGGCAGUCUCUGUUCUACAACGAUCGCUUCGCGCAUACCCAUCAGCGCAACGCCGAUUUCGUCAAGCUCGGUGACGCUAUGGGUGUACAAGCCCAGCGCGCUGUGAAGCCCGACGAGCUCGAAGAGAAGCUCAAGUGGCUGAUCAACACUGAAGGUCCUGCUCUUCUUGAGGUUGUGACGGACCAAAAGGUACCUGUUCUACCUAUGGUGCCCGCAGGCAACGGUCUGCACGAGUUCUUGGUUUAUGACGAAGCCACCCAAAAGAAGAAACGCGAGCAGACCAGAGAAAGGACCGGUCGGUAA